CGGAAGCGGCGCGCAGCACGUGGGGGCGGUGCCGCGGAGAGGCCGGUUCUUCUUGGUUGUGCGGUGCUGCCAGCUGCUGGAGCGGGGACGGAGCUUGGAUACGGCCUGGCGUCCAUGGAGGCAUCAGCGGAGCAGCCAGCCCCACAGCCCCCGCAUCGGCAUCCGCAUCCCGGGGACCACUGCAUCCAUGACGGCGACUUCGUGGUGCUGAAGCGGGAAGAUGUGUUCAAAGCCGUGCAAGUCCAGCGGAGAAAAAAAGUAACUUUUGAAAAACAGUGGUUCUACCUGGAUAAUGCCAUUGGCCAUAGUUAUGGGUCAACGUUUGAAGUGAGCAAUGGAGGAAGUCUUCAGCUCAAGAAGAAGAAGGAAGAGCCUACUUCAGAGACUAAAGAAGCGGGCACUGAUAAUCGAAAUAUAGUUGAUGAUGGAAAGUCCCAGAAACUUACUCAAGAUGAUAUAAAAGCUCUGAAAGACAAGGGCACUAAAGGAGAGGAAAUAGUUCAGCAGCUAAUUGAAAAUAGUACAACAUUCCGAGACAAAACAGAAUUUGCCCAAGAUAAAUAUAUUAAAAAGAAGAAGAAAAAAUAUGAAGCCAUCGUUACUAUUUUGAAGCCAUCUACCCGUAUUCUUUCAAUUAUGUAUUAUGCAAGAGAACCUGGAAAAAUUAAGUACGCUUUGUUUCCUUUCAAAAGUAUAAUUAGGGGAAAAAUAUGUCUUUAAGAGAGUCAUGAUUUUAAGUAAAAUGAAAAGCUUGCUCACCUGCAUAAAGUGUCCUCCUUCCUCGUAAAUUCCACAUGAGAUAUGAUACACUAGCCCAGAUGUUGACGUUGGGAAAUAUCCGUGCUGGCAAUAAGAUGAUUGUCAUGGAAACGUGUUCAGGCUUGGUGCUAGGUGCCAUGAUGGAGCGAAUGGGAGGUUUUGGCUCCAUUAUUCAGCUGUACCCUGGAGAUGGACCUGUACGGGCAGCAACAGCUUGUUUUGGAUUUCCCAAGUCUUUCCUCCAUGGUCUUUAUGAAUUCCCCCUCAACAAAGUAAACAGUCUUCUAAAUGGAACAUUCUCUGCUGAGCUGCUGUCCUCAGAGCCGAAGGCCAGCGCUCCGGUUGAAGAAAGUAAUGGUGAACACGGGGAAAAACAGAUAUCUGAACAAACUGAUGAGGAGUGCUCGGCAGAAGCCCCAGAAAGCAACCCAGAGGGACAGAGAGCAACGGAAAGUGUUCCCCAGGACCCAGAGAAUAAGGAGCCUAAAGAAAAAGGAAACAAAAGAGAUUAUAUUCAGGAAAAGCAAAGAAGACAAGAGGAGCAGAGGAAAAGACAUUUAGAGGCUGCUGCUCUGCUGGGAGAAAGAAAUGCAGAUGGUUUGAUCGUGGCCAGUCGUUUCCACCCGACUCCGCUGCUGCUGUCUUUGCUAGACUUUGUGGCUCCAUCACGGCCGUUUGUGGUCUACUGUCAGUAUAAAGAGCCUUUGUUGGAAUGCUACACAAAACUUCGGGAGAGGGGAGGGGUCAUCAACCUGAGACUGUCUGAAACCUGGCUCAGGAAUUACCAGGUUUUGCCAGAUCGGAGUCAUCCCAAAUUGCUGAUGAGUGGAGGUGGAGGGUACCUUCUAUCAGGCUUCACUGUUGUCUCGGACAACCUGCGAGCAGACCCCAGCCUCAAGUCUUGUGCAAGCACUUUAGACUCACAUGAGGCUGAGGAGCCAGCAGCUAAAAAACAGAAAUGCGUGGGAUCUGGUUCUUAAGAGAUUACUGUUUGUUCUAAGGCGUUCUGCAGCUGUUAAUUACACUUGAAAUGACAUCACUAAAUGUUUUUUUCCUAUCCUAAGAAUGUGUGGACACCCGUUCCUGGGAAGAAAUAAGCCUCUCAUUUGCUUCUGAUGCAGAUGGGAUUAGUCAGCACUGCAGCUCCGACGUGUGGUGAUGAGUGAUAAGCCGUCCUGUUUCUAUGACAGACUCUGAGUCCUUAAAAGUACUCUGCAAAUACCUUGGGAAGGUCAACAUCUUGAGAGUGUUGAUAUGUAAGACUUUGUUUCUAUUUUAAGCAAAGAUGAAUAAUACAAGCUAGCUAAAACGUGAUGAGCAGUGAAAAGAAAUCCCCGCUCAUCCAUUCUCUUCAACCUAAGCAAUAUGGAUGUUUGAGCCUAUGAGGUUUAUAGUACCAAAAAUGUCUGCCCUUACCCUGUGCCCUGCAAUGGAAUAAGCCUUUUUAAAUACUAGAUUUUAUUAUUUUAAUAGUUGAAAGCCUGAAGAAAAUCCAGGUAUUUCUUUUACUGCCUCUCCCUUUUUUGGUGCAUAGAAAGGUUUAGUGAGUGCUUUUUUGCAGUGGUUUACCCAUCUUCUUUGUUCUAAAUAAAGUGAUUAGAACUUUUGUGUACUAUUAAACAAUUGAUUUUUUUCCCUCUAGAAAUGUGUAUCGCUGUUGGUAUAUAUACAUACACAUAGAUGCAUAUGUAUAUGUCAACACGGACAGAAUGUACUACCUGUAGUGGGGGAGAGAGCAAGAGAAUACACAGUUGAUCUGAACUGUGGUAAAGACUUGUGCAAGACAGACCAGCUCUCAGUGCGUUGGUAUCACUCCUUGUCAAGUGUUUCAAGUGCCUUUUUCUGGGAUUACUCACACUGGUCUCUGAGGGUCUGCUGGAGUGAAGUGGGUGGCCUUUAUCAGCUCAGAAAAAAAGUAUAAUCAAAUUACUUUACCAUCUCCAUUGUAAGAAAUAAAAAUGUCUAACUCAAGACUGUUGUCUGCUUGAGAAUCUUGUCCUGCUCGGUAGAAUGUGCCAGUGGUGUUCAUGUCACCAUAGAAGCCUAUCCAGCCAGGAGCAUCUCGGAUGAAAAAAACUGUUUUCCUAAUAGCACGUGCUGUUUUGAUCAUGGCUGCUGUGAUUACCAACUAUGGUUUUUAUUCUUUUUCCUCUAAUAAUUUCUUUUAAAGAAUAAAAGUUUCCUACUCUG